GACCGAGCAUCCCAAUCUAGUCUAGAGAUAAUAAGCUUUAGCUAAGAGCAGGGGACGCAAGGAUAAGAAGAGGAGGAAGAGCCGUUGAAGUAAGGAGAAGAUUAUGAUGUCGUCGCCGGCCUCCACCCACCUCCUCCGCUCCACCGCCGCGGUUCCCCUCCUCCCUCGCCGCGCUUCCCUCCAGCUUUCCUGCGCUGCCAGCGGAGCUGUGGCUAGGAGACGGAACGGCCGCCUGGAGGUAGUCCGCGCGGCCAGUGCGGAGGUGGCCGAGCCCGCCGCUGCAACGCCCUACACUACCGAGUCCCUCGUCCUCUACUUCAAGGCCGAGGGCACCAUGGAGGAGAGGGCCAUUCCCAAGAUCACCCAAGCUCUCGAGGGGGUGGAAGGCGUCACUGACCUGGAGGUGCUCAUCGAAGAAGGCAUCGGAAGUGUUGUGUUAACAAAAGCGACAACAGUGCAAGCUACUGGAGUCGCCUCAAACCUGGUGGAAGCCAUCCAGGGAGUUGGUUUCAAACUACAAACGCUUAGCCUCAGCUUCGAGGACUUUGAUAAGGCGGAUGCCGCUGCUGUCCCAGCAGAAAACGCAGAUGACCAAGUUAGUGAGUGAGCUGAGCUAUACUGUGCCUGUGCUAAAUGCAUAUAAUGUGCUCUGGUUGUUGGUGUUUUAUCUUUCUUUAAACAUUUUUUUUAGUUAUGAUACACAUUCCGCUUGUAAUUUUCCAAGCUGUGCAUUUUACCUUCUGGGAUAUAUGGUAGAGAAAGAAGGAACUCUUUUUCUUUA